ACCUGACCCCCUUCCAGCUUGUGUAGGGGGUCGCCAUCUUGUCCGGGUCGGCGGUGAAGGAGAUUGGGCCGCUGCCGCCGCCGCCGCUGUGUCGCGAUGCCGGACGACUGGGACCCGGAGGUGUACAAGGGGCCGCCGAGCCGCACCCCCAUCCCCGAGAAGCGGACGUCGCUGCCUAACCCGGUCACCAUCAUCCAGACCCUCUUCUACUACAGCGUCGACGCGCCGGUCACCUUCUUCCGAGAAUGGAUGGAGCGCCAACAUGCGAAGAAAAAAUUUUAUUACUAUCAUCGGAAUUACCGCCGUGUGCCGGAUCUGACUGAGUGCUUGGAGGAUGACUAUGUAUGCUUCUUUGAAGCUGAGGCGCAGUGGAGGAGGGACAUGAAAGUUGAUCAGGAAAUUGUGAAGAUAAUUCAGGAAAGGCUAGGAGCUUGCCAGCAGAGGGAAGGACAUAGCUUCGUUCAGAACUGUGCAAAGGAGAUGGAGCAGUUUGCUCAGGUUGCUCAAGCCUAUCAAGAUAGAUAUGCUGAUCUUGGUGCCCACGGAACUGCUAGAAAAUGUUUAAUGAAGCAGAAACACAGAAUGAUUGCAGAAAGAAAAGCACAAGCAGAAGUACAAGACUAAGCUCAAAUCCUCAGUGUUUGAAGGUAAUUACCACAAUUCACUUCAGAUAAAGUUGAUUUUGACAGCUUUAGUGACUAAGUCCUGUGAAUCACUACUACUGUAUUGAAGAACUAUCCUAUCCUUGACUGGCAGAAAAUUUAGUUUGCCUUCCAAGUUUCAAGGGUGGCCCUGUGGAACUGAUAUUCUUUACAAAUUUAAGUACUUAAAAAGCUACUUUUGUCUAGAAGUGUACACACAUUGCCACUUACCUCAACAGGUGGUUUUUUUAGUUUUACUAGUUCCUCUGUAGGGUUUCCAUUAGUUGGACUGUCAGACUGACUUCUAAUAAAAGCUACCAUCAGAUCCCACAGAACAAGUUUUAUCUGAUCUCAUUUCUAGAGCAGCAGACCCUCAUUAGUAGUGAAGUUUCAGUCUGGGUCCACAUCAGUGAGUAGUGGGUAUCUUUACACUAACUCCCAACAACAGUACUGUUGUAGAUAUACCACCUCUGAGAUCUUCUGGUUUCUUUGAGCAUCACUUAUGUGGAAGUCUUCAGUGCUUUACUUGCAUUUGAUCUGUUUCCAAUUUUCAGAAACAGUCUGCCUAAAAAUUAACCAUGACUGUUUCAGUAACCCUACUACACGCUGAUCAUUCAAACCUAAUUCACUUAAUCUUUUCUCUGAGGAAAAAGGGUUUCCUCUGUCCCAUUAGUUAUUGUGGGUUGAACAAGUGAGUGCUGCUGUCACUGAAUUCGUUUGGGCAAGUCAAUCAGGAAAACUUAUUUUCAAGUAGUAAGUUUUUAAAAAGUCAUUCAGAUGUUUAGCAAAUAAAAGAUGUCAAAAGUAA